GCAUCCGCCGUGGCAGCGGCAACAGUCGAGCGGCAGACUCGAUGCAGCAGAGCCACAAAUUGCGGCAUUACGUAUACGCCCAGUCUACGUCGAGUUGGCCACGUGUACGGACACGCGGCGCGGUUCGCUUUUCCCGGUGGCAGCACAUUCGAUACCAACGUUUCACUACCAAAAACUUCGCGAUUUGGUGCUAAUAGAAAAACAGCAGAGAUACGAUUUUCAAAUCUUAAGGUUUUGAUUUGCUCAAGAGAAAUACCUAUUUUUUUGUUUGAUUUUUUGUGUGACAGUGUAUGUGAGCAAGUGUGUGUGUGUGAAAAGCUUGCCGGCUUGAAAAAUGCGCGCCAAAAAUUGAGAAAUUUUCGCAGAGCGCAGCGGCUACAUAAACAAAUUAAUACAACAUUUUGCAACGCAGCGAAAGGAGACAACACACAAAUAAACAAUCUCUAAGUGCAUGGUCUGGAUUCGCAAAUCUAAGGACUGGCAAAUUAAAAAAGAAAUAACGCAUGAUUAACAAACGCUCCGCUGUUCGUCGACGGGAUUUUUGCGUUACGUGUGAGGGACUCUUGCUGCGAGCGGAGCAGCAGAAAGAGAGGGUGCGAGCGGGCUAGAGCGAGACGGAGACCAUAAGACUGAAGCUGGCAAACCUCACACAAAAUGCGAAGAAGAGGAAGCACUUGCAGCGCACAACAACCACAGCAGCGGCCACACAAACAGCAGCAGCGAAAUCAAAGGUUAAUCCCCGGCCAACGCUGUUCGCUGCUAAUGUUGCUAAUUGUUGGCCAAGCAGUUUACGCUUCUGCCGGCAGUGAGUUAAUCGCAAAUCGCUCAGCGCUGUUAAUGCCGUCGAAUUUUACCGCUGCCACGCCCCCCGCCCCAAGAUACACCCGCCCCUUUCGGGAGCAGGAUGUGGCCGAGGGGGAGGAGGAGGCGGGCGGAGGACAGGCCGAAGAUUGGUUGGAGGAGCAGCAUCCGCUGACCAUUUCCCGACCGCCGAGAGCGGGACGCAGCGAGCGGCAGGCUGAGGAGGAUCAGGUGGACAGGUGCCGUCUCUUCGUCGAGGGGGAUCCCACCAAGAACGAGCUGUACAGCCCCGAGUAUCCCAACCUGUAUCCGAAGAACAUCAACUGCACCCGGGUGAUAACAGCGCCAAAGGGACAAAUCAUACGCCUGGACUUCCGCAACUCGUUUAACAUCGAGGCCAAGGAGGGGUGCAAAUUUGAUUUUCUCGAAAUUCGGGAUGGCCAGUACGGCUUCUCCACGGAGAUUGGCAAGUAUUGCGGCACCGACUUUCCGCCGGAGAUCACCUCCAAGGAGCGGUAUUUGUGGCUCCACUUCCACUCCGACGAGACCAUCGAGUACACCGGAUUCAGUGCGGUCUACGAGUACCUGGACAGGAGUCGGGAUGCGCCCAGCACCGAUCUCAACUGCACCAUCGAUAAGGGCGGCUUCGAGGGCUUCAUCAACUCCACGGAUGUGCCGGCCGAGAUUUGGGAGCAGGUCAACCGCAACAAGAUCGCGCUGGACUGCAUCUGGCGCAUCCAGGUCAAGGAGAAUUGGAAGAUAUUUCUCAAGUUUCUGGACUUCAAGCUGAGCAAGCCGAACGAUUGUCAAACCAACUUCCUGGACAUAUUCCCGGAACAGACGGUGAUGCCACUGAGGGUCAAGAACUUUUGCGGUUCAGCUGGCGAGAGUAUAACCGCGGAGUCAAACAUCCUGCACUUGCGCUUCUACGCAGAUCAAUCCGCGAUUAACUCAACAUUCGGCAUUCUGUUCACGGCGUUCCGGGAACGUGGAGCUGCUUGCACCGAGGACGAGUACGAUUGCGAGGACGCGACCUGCAUAUCAAAGGAUUUGAAAUGUAAUAACCUAGACAAUUGUAAAUUUCGAUGGGACGAGGAGGGCUGUACGAGCGAGGCGGCCGGCCAAUCGGAGCACGUGGUCAUCAUUGUGAUUGUGUUUGGCCUGAUACUCGGCGGAAUGGUCAUUACGUUCAUCGUCAAUUGCAUACGCAAGAUAAUACGUGAUCAGAAGAUAAUACGCGACGUGCCCGCGUUGAGUGACGGAAUCUAUCACAUUGAUUCCUUUAUACUGGAAGCGCCCAAGAGCGCGAUUUUCGUGGGAUUACAGAAUGAUUUCUUGUGCGAUUUCUCCUAUUCAUCGGACGGGCAAAUGGCGCCCAACGUGGCGCAUGAGACCCGAGAGGAGCUGGCCACAGUUGGUGGCGAUUCGGACUUUGAUUCGCAGAUGGACUCGCCCAAGCAGACGUGUGACUGUGAUUUCGAUUUGGAUGUGGACGAGGGCGAGCAUAUGGAGGAAGACGAUGAGGAGGAGCUGGAGGAGGAGCAAGACCAAGAGCACGAGCAUCAGGUGGAGGAUCAGGAGUACGACGAUGGCAUUGGUUUCAGUUGUGACAGCGACAGCGGACUCACACUGCCCGAAGACGAUGACGAGUUUGUCCUGGUCACCGGACAAUGUCUGCCCAGCAACUCCAGUCACUCGUGCAGCAGUUCGAUGCAUUGCAGCAGCGGGUCUAGUGGCGGAAUGGUGGCUACUAGCUCCUCCACCUCCAUGGAGCUGGACAUGGUUCUAACACCGCCACCGCCACCAACACUGGCCAAGCCCAAGUCCGGCGUUCAUCCCCUCAAGUUCCUGCACAAAAUCAUCUAGAAAGAAACUCAUUCGAAAUUCAUUCUCUCACGUUCUGCGGCGUUGAUGGUGGUUCGGUGACCACCUGCUGCUGCUGUAUGCAAAUCUGCAUCGACAUCAUUAAAAUCGGGCAGGCCAAAUUUUCGCAAAAAACGCAAAAAAAACUGAAAAAAAAAGAGAGCAGAAGAGAAGAGAAGUGAUGCGAUAUCGAACGCAUUUUCCGUGUGGCCCGACCUUCACUUUGCCCACGUAGUUCGUGCUGAGCUCACCACAAACCAGAAAUCAGAACAAAAUCAAAUCCUGGUCCUUGGGGGGAUUUGCAGUUCGGCGUAAAUCUCCCCCUCAUUAGUUAAGCUGCUAAUUGUGUGGCGGACUAUAUCAUAGAUAUACCCCUCUUAGGUAGGAAUACUCAAUGCGACAUUGGGCGAACAUAGUUAACAGUAUUAUGGAUAUAACCUCAUUAAAAGGCUUACAGUUUAUCGAAAGUAUAAUGCGGAAAAUUAUGCAACCAAGGUGGAUCAAAUAUAAAUCAAAAUAAAACGAGUGCUGAGCAUUGAAAAGCAAUGAAAUGCGUAAUGGCGCAACUGAAAAGCGAAUCAUUUUACAGAGCCCUUUGAUCCACGUUUCUUAACCCUAAGUAGCGAUUGAAAUUGUAAUAAUUUAAUGUUCUCAUUGGACGGACAAUCGUGCAAUGCAAAGCUAAGUAAAUAGUUAACUGUUGGCUAAACGAAUGGCUGCCAAACUAAUACCGCACAAGAGCUAUAUACGAGUAUAUAACGAUAUAUAUAUAUGAAAAAUAAAUAUCUAACAAAAU